GACGUCCAUUUCGUCUCUUGUCCAUUCUCACCUCUCUUCAGCGACUAUGCUCACUCUCUCGCCAACGCGCGUCCUCCCAGCGCUCGCGCGCCGUGCAUUCUCCUCCUCUGCUGCGAUGCGUGCCAAGGGCCCGAUUAACAAGGACCACCAUGUGCUGGAGUACAGCGCUGACGCCUUUCCGCUCGGCUACGGCGUGGCCGGCACGCACUGCGGGGUGAAGAAAAAGGCUGGUGUGCUUGACCUCGGUAUUCUCGCCUCGACUUCUGAGCGCCCCACUGCCGCCGCCGCGUGUCUCACGCGCAAUGUCUUCAAGGCCGCGCCCGUGACCGUUACGACUGAGCUGCUUGCGCAGGGCAAGGGGCGUGCGCGCGGCUUUGUCGUCAACUCUGGCUGCGCCAACGCGGUUACCGGCAAGAAGGGUCUCGCAGAUGCGUGGGCCAUGUCCAAUGCACUCACCGACGGCCUGCCCGAGAGCUCGGCGCGCGGCGCCGGCUCGCUCGUCAUGUCGACGGGCGUGAUCGGCCAGCACCUCCCGAUCGACAAGAUCACGUCCGCGAUCCCCGCACUUAUCGCCGACCUCCACUCGACGCCCAAGGCGUGGCUUGACCUCGCCAAGGCCUUCAUGACAACCGACACGUUUCCGAAGCUGCGCGCACGCAGCUUCGAGCUCGCGGGUCGCACCGUUCGCCUCGCCGGCAUUGAUAAGGGCGCAGGCAUGAUUGCGCCCAACAUGGGCCCGCCCGGUCCGCCCCACGCGACGCUCCUCGGCGUGCUCGCGACCGACGCCGCGGUCUCUCCCGCCGCCCUCCAGGCCGCUCUGACGUACGCGGUCGACCGCUCGUUCAACAGCAUCUCGGUUGACGGCGACAUGAGCACAAACGACACGAUUCUCGCACUCGCGAACGGCGCGGCGUCCCCUGAUCUCGCAGAGAUCACCGAGUCGUCCCCCGAAUUCCCGGUGUUCCGCGAGCAACUCGCGGACUUUGCUGCUGAGCUUGCUCAGCUCGUCGUGCGCGACGGUGAGGGCGCGACAAAGUUCGUGACGGUUCGCGUGCGCAAUGCGCCCAACUUUGCGGUCGCCAACACGGUCGCGCGCUCAGUCGCGAACAGCAACCUCGUCAAAUGCGCGAUGUACGGCGAGGAUGCGAACUGGGGACGGAUUUUGUGUGCCACUGGGUACGCCGACGUGCCGGCAGGUGCGAUCGACCCCUUCCGCGUCUCGGUCACGUUUAUCCCUGCGCCGACUUGCGCGGACCAGACUCCGCUCCGCCUGCUCACGAAGGGCGAGCCCGAGCCUGAGAUUGACGAGGCGCGCGCGUCCGUCAUCCUCGCCGAGGAGGACCUCGAGAUCGACAUUGACCUUGGGAACGGCGACGCCGAGGCUCAGUUCUGGACGUGCGACUUCAGCCACGAGUAUGUGACAAUCAACGGUGAUUACCGCUCGUGAGAGUACCGCUGGUAAACGUACUGCUCGUAAGAGUGUGCCUGGGCUUGUAUGCGACUGUUGGGAUUUGG